CGCUGCCCUAAUAUUAAACAAGUGCGCACUGUUAUGACAGAGACUUAAGUGCGUUGUUCAUUUUGGGGAACUAUCGAAAAGUCAGAACUCAGAAGCGCACCCCGAGAUGCUGAACCCAGAAUCUAGCUCUUUCCCUAAUGAAGGUGGGAAAAAUACGGUAGAAACUCAAGUGAAAGCAAGCAGUCCGACUACUUCAACGCAUGCAAAGAUAAGUGCAAUAGAGACAGGUGAAGAAUGUGUGGCGGAAAAGGGUUGUGACGAGGACAUCGCUGUCGAUCAACCGCUCAGUUGGUUUCAGAAAAUUAAGGCAAAUAUGAUGCAGCAGGAGAAGCGACAGAAGGCAUUGACAUGCACAGUACAUAGACCGGGAUCAUCCGAUCUUAUGCGCUAGCUUGUUCGUUUCCCCCUUAUCACUACCUAUUGGAUGACUAUGCACGUAAGAAUAUAUCCAUCAUUCAGAAAGUUAAAAAAAAGGCAAGUAUUCAUACGUGGACGACGCCAUGUAAGAUGACUUUACUUGUCCUGCCCAGUUUCCACUCAAUGAAUUAGUCAACGAGGCGUAGUCCAAGUGUGUAGACGGAUAAAGAAUAUCCUUCAUAUCGAAGCGAACAGCGCAGCCAAAAAUAAAUGCAGCCUUAAUUUGACGACGAGCUUCUGGUAUCGACGAGCUUAUCGUCGAUACGCAUAAAGAUUUAUUAUCUUGUCCGCUGACAUGUUCACGGAAGCGUGUAUAGAUUAAGUUUUGUGGACUCUGAGAAGUUUAUUUAUUGUUAGACAAGUUAGACCCCUUUUGAGUUCCCGGAGCUGUGCCUACGAGUUCGUGCAAAAGUGCGAAGGGCAACACUGUCUUCUCAGCAAUUGACUCUAGAGUCGGGGAUGCUACGCUUGUUUUGAAAUAUUAAAUAGGUGGUAUAUCAAUAGCAACUACCAGAUAAUUAAUUCGCUUGGUAACACGUCUAUCGUAGAGUGCAAGCUUACCUAUAAACAAGUGCACGUAUCAGUACGUAGUUAAAGCUGUCACUGGUAUAAUCUCUACGCCGGCAGUCUAUGAGUGCUACCAAUGCUGCUG